AUGUCUGCUCUUCCACCUACGUAUGCAUCUGCGAGCUGGGAUGCUCAUAAGCAACAACGGUUUCGGGACUUGCAAUAUGACACAGUCAUCUCCACGGGGACCCUUGCGCAGCGUGCUGAACUGCUAUUGCAGCUCGAGUCCGAACACGACGCUAUACUCGCACUGGCAAAGACCGUACUCCAUAGCCGCAACGCCUGCCUUCCCAUCUCUGCUCUCCCUCCUGAUGUAUUCGUCAGGAUUGUUACAUUCGUCGCUCAAGACGAUCGCCCGAGCGGGGAGAUCCUAGGACGAAAAUUUCGCGUCUCGACGAAAUGGGGUUGUGGAUUCAUGAGGAUAAUCGGUGUAUGCAAACGGUGGAGGUCAAUGUGUCUCGAAGCCACCGAACUUUGGACAGAAUCGGAGGCCCCUGCGCCGUACUUCUCAGCUGGAUCCCUGGCCAGCGAAACCCUGAGGAAACGCAUGAUUCCCGUCCCUGCGUUGUUUCCCGCAGUGCGCGAACUUCGCCUCUUGCACCUACGCAUGAGCCACGAAGAGACGUUGAACCUCGUUAGCCAUCUUCCGAUGCUUGAGGUCCUCGAACUUCGCGAUUGUGCUUUGGGUGACACGAAUGCUCGCUCAGAGUCUGAAGUGGCCGAACUGCCACGCUUACAGCAGUUGAUGCUGGUCGCGCUGUACAGUGCGGCAGCCACUCAUGACGAGUUAGGCAUACAUGCACCCUUAUUCCGCAUGCAUGAUAGCUUGCGCUACCCGCGUUCUGCCGCGGUCAAGCUCGCGCCGAAGCUAACGGCCGACUGGGGCGUCGCAGCGGCGGACGCGAAGGAGAUCUCCGUCCUACGAACGCUUGUCUUGAGAGUACUGGACAUCGUCAACUUGCCAAACACUUCCAUAUGCGCCCAUCUUGGGCUGUCUGAUUAUCGCGACGAGACGGGAAGCAACUCAGACUCUAUCUAUUUUCGAGAAGUCACAGACUUCAACGCCAUCGCAGCUCCCGUGAAUAACGGCACCUCGAAAGGAGCUAAUAUUCAAUUUUGGCGCGCGGUCAUUGGCCCAGGGGAGCUGCCUAUGAGCUCCGUCUUCGGCGAUCCUGUCAUAGCCGAUAUAUUGGGCAGCAUGGCUAUGCUAUCCAUGCCCGAUACAUCUAUCUUCCAACUGGACAAAGUCGAAGCAAUGCCGGCUUUGUUAUCGCAUGCCUUCCGUCGCAUUCGCAUUCUCAGAGUAUCGAUUGAGAGCUCCGAACACGAGAUGGCCAUAUGGCGACUUCUGUCCCAACUGCUCUCCGCCGACGCGAAGGGCGGCCUACGCUUCCCGGACUUGCAGGAGCUCUGGUUCGGUCCGUACAGUUGCCGCCGCAAGGACUUGCCACUUGCGAUCAAGCGGCUCGUGAAACGCUUGCAAACUAGGGCACGUCACCCUGCGAAUAGGAUCCACACUAUGCGGCUCGGGAUCGCUCGUCCAGAAGGCCAGGGUGAAGAGGGGAUAGAUGCCUCGGUCCUUGAGAGCCUUUUCUUGACUGUCAACUGGGCCGACAGCUAG